AUGGACCGCGGCAAAAAGCCCACCUCAAUCGGAAUCGGAGGCUCCAUUCCUCAACCCACAGUCAACAUCAACGACAAUGGCACCGUCGACGCAAAGCUGCCCUCCGGCGAGUCCGUGACUGUCCACUUGUUCGGCGCAACCGUGAUUUCGUGGAAGCUUGCGACUGGCGCGGAGCAAUUGUUUGUGAGCUCCAAAGCGAUUCUGGAUGGAUCAAAGGCUAUCCGCGGUGGAAUCCCGGUUGUUUUCCCUGUAUUCGGUCCCCCGCCUCCAAAUCAUGCCACCUCCAGCCUCCCUCAACACGGUUUCGCGCGCUCCUCCAACUGGGAGUUUUUGGGUAAAUCAACUUCGGAAUCUUUGGGCAAUAAAGCGGAUACCACAGUCAAGCUGGACUUCGGAUUGUCCUCAAGCAUGAUCACCGAGGAAUUCCGCAAGGCUUGGCCAUACGACUUUGGACUUGUCUAUAGUGUCACACUUAGUCCGGAUAGCUUGGAGACUUCUUUGCAGGUGCAGAAUAAGGGAUCAGAGUCCUUUGAUUUCCAUGUGUUGUUGCAUAAUUACUUCAAGGUCCCAGACGUCUCCAAAAUUACCGUCACAAACCUCCAAGGCAAAGUAUACAUCGACAAAGUCGACAAUAAAAAAGAAAAGACCGAAACGACCAAUGGAAUCACCAUCACCGGCGAAACUGAUCGUGUCUACCUGGACGUCGACCCGACAGCUCCCGUCGCCGUCCUCGAAAACGGACAGCCUUUAUUCACAAUCACUCGCAAGGAGCUCAACACCGUGACGGUCUGGAAUCCAUGGGUAGAGAACGCCAAGAAGAUGAGCGACUUUGGCGAUGAGGAGUAUAAAGGCAUGGUCUGUGUUGAGCCGGGUGCUGUGAAGAGCUGGGCUGUUCUGGAGGGAGGUGAUGCUUGGGAGGGUACUCAGACUAUCCGGCCUAGAUUGUGA